AUGCAUCAAAUCAAGAAGACUGUCCUCGGCCAGGUUUUCAAAGACAAAGUCAUGUCUAAAAUAGGGGUUAACACUAAGCAUCAAUAUAACCACCUCAGAGGCAAUGAUGGCCAUUAUAUUAAGCCUGAUACUCCUGAGGAAUACAUCAAGGUUAAGUAUAAGGAUGGCAAGAAGGCUGAUCCUAAUGACUCUUCUAUUACUAGCUCAUCUGCUCCGGAGGAAGACACCCCGGAAGACCCCAAAACUCCAGCUAAGCAAGAUACUAAAAAGCAGGAAGAAGCCAAAACAGAAAGGAAGAAAGUCAUACGCAAGCCCAAAUAAAAUCACUCAAAAAGACGCAUUUACCUAUGAAAUAAAAAGACCCGAAAACAAGACAACAAAACGGUACAAAUUCUCUUCUUCAGAAAGAGAGCCAACAUUCCUCUACACUAGCAACCCUUACACCAAAACAAACGAGCAAAUCCAGACUGAAAAAUAAGAAGAAGAGAAUCAUUGAAGAAGUAGAGAAGUCAAUCGCUGAGCAAGAACUUCUCGAGAACAAACAGUUUGAGCAGGACCAACUGAGACUGAAAUCAAUGAUGAACCACCCUUUCGCGGAUCAAAAGCAGAUUCAGAGCAUCAAAAUAGAGAAGCCUAAAAAGAAGUCUAACCAAAAGAAGGAGAUGCUUAAACUCAAAACUGAAGAACUCAUCAAUAAGCAGAUUCAUAUAUGAAACAGAUUCAAACAACAUAUUCAUAAAUCGUCCAAGAAGAGAAAUGAAGUUCGGAAACUUCUCAAUGACAGUACUAAUUCAAAAAGCCUCAAUAAAAGCCUACAAAGAUCCAAAAGUAAGAAAAGAAGCAAGAAUCGGAGUCUAAUAACUAUCGAAAACCCUCUAAACAUCAGAAAGGAAAGCGUCCCUACUCUUCAAGACUCAUGCUUGGGAGAUCUCAGGACGAGAAAUGAUGAUAGCAGUAUUUCGAAAAAUAAUAGCCAGAAUGAGCAUACUUCUAAACUUCCAGAACUUAAUUUUACGAAUUCACCGAAUGGAAGAGAUAGGUUGACCAACUCCAAAAUAUGUAAUAGCAUUUUGCCCAACACUCUCCCACACCAUCGGCUGAUAAGAGAUCCAAAGCUAGACACUUUAGGCCCGUUUCAGUCUUUUGUAAAGAAUUCUGGGCGAGAAGUAGCAGAGGAACUUUUCAAACAGAAGCAUUUCUCCAAUUCCACAAUAGCUAAUUCCAAAUUUCCUUCAUUCUCUUUUGCCAAACAAACAAGUAGGAAAUCUCUGGUGAAUCUGAAACAGAAUCCCCAUGAAUCAAGAUUCAACAAUAUAGACAGGUUCCCAAGUAUUCUGAGUUCGAACAAGAAGACUAAUUCCAUUGUCAGCUGGGACAAGAGCAAGAAAUCUAUAUCUAAUAGAAGAAAAUUCAUUUCUAAUGAAUGGAAUAAGAAAAAGUCAUAUAUUCACAAAUACAAAAAGAAAGAUCUUCUCAAGCAAAACGAAUGCGAUUUGGGCUCAUUUUAUCUAGAAUAA